AUGGUAGCAACGACAUCUAUCAUUCCCCUGGAAGACGAGCACAUCCGCCAGCUGAUGCUAGCUGUGCAACGAGGGAACAUUCAUGAGCUCAAGCCGCUUCUAUACGGCGUGUCCCCUGAUGUGCAAGACAGUACGGGUCGGACCGCUUUUUCUUGGGCAGCUGCGUCUGACUCAACCCAAUCACCAGAUACGUCCGACCGCCGGGACCAUCUUCUGCAGUUUCUCCUCUAUCGAGGCGCGAAUCCCAACCUUGCAGAUUACCAUGGUGAAACCCCGCUCCAUUGGGCGGCCAAGGAGGGAGACCAUUUAAUGGUAGAGCUACUCCUCCAGAAAGGAGUUCGGUCUGAUCUACCAGACUCGAAAGGGCGCACGCCACUUUCACGGGCAGCCGAGAAAGGCUACGAACGGGUUGUGACAGCCUUGUUGACAAAAGGAAAGGCCGAGCCCGACGGCAAGGAUGCGCGCGGGCGAACACCGUUGUCAUGGGCCGCAGAGAAUUGGCAUCUCGAAACGGCAGGCAUUCUCAUUGACCAUGGCGCCAGCGUGGAUGUCCACGACAGAGAGGGGCAGUUGCCUCUGUGGUGGUUCAUUAGCAACACGGAGAAGCGAACAGCAAUGGAGCAGCUGCAUCCAGGCGGGAAAGGGGAGUAUCUCCAGGAAUGGCUUUCUUUAUUGGGCCCGAAGCAAGGCCUGGAGCCCAUGACAAAAGCCCGAAGGACAUUUCUUUCCUGGGCAUGUGAGAGGGGCGACAAAGAACUAGUCACGCAUCUCAUGCAGACAGUCUGGGCGGACCCCAACUCCAUUGACCGAUAUAGGAAGACUCCUUUGAUCUACGCUCUAGAAUGGAACCACUACGAUGUCGCAGACAUACUCGUUUCUGGUAUUGGCGGAAUUGCAGGCCAGAAAAAAGACAUUGUUUCUCUUCGGAUUAUGAUCCAAGAGAGUCGGUCUCGACUUCUCAAACCAUUUCUCGAACGGUACAAGGUCAGCCUGGAGGAAGAGGACCAAUACAAUGCUAUUCCCUUGAUGAGGAUAGCAUUGCAACAAGGCGAUAGGGCCACCGUCGCAGUUCUCCUGGAGUACCAGGCCAGUAUCCAGGGCCUUGAUAACGGAGAAUGGUUUGGUCCUUGCAGCACCAUUAACCCAUCUACCGAUUUGGCAAUCUUGAAUAACACGCGCACAGGACGUGCCUACAGCUCUAUCCCAGUGAUGCAGAUGACGAUAAAAGAGGGGGAUCGUGCCGCAAUGGCUGCACUACUGUAUCAACGUACCAAGCUCCUUGAAAUCGAAGAAGACGAGAAUGAUCCAAGAUACCAUCGUCGCAGAGAAUUGCCCGCAACUGCUGUUGACAUCGUGGUCGUUCGCGAUGGAAAGAAGAAGGCCUGGUGGAUCACAGAAGAGGAAUUGGGAACACAACUAAGCAAGAUGCCCAAGACAUCGGACGAGACACAUUUGAUGUAUGUGGUGCUGCCUGCCGUGCUUCCUUUCUUGUUGUCAAUCUGA